AUGCUACGUCGACAUUCGCCAGCCGCUAUUCGCUUUUUUCAAAAGUCAUUUCAGGUCCAACAAUCACGACAACCGACCAAGCUUGUCCCUUCGACCAUUUCAUUCACGUCGCCCUCCACCUGCGUCACUUCUGCUUCGUCGUCCGUAGUCUCUGAUCUCAAGCUGACGCGGUACCAUCUCGGUCGUCUCUGGCAAAUGCUGUACACGUCAUUCCAAAACAGCAACAUUCACAGUGUCCAACCCUACAAUGAACGCAUUUGCCUUCUAUGGCCAGACAGUAUGCGCGUCCACAUUUCCUCGGAUGACCUCUCUGAAUUCUAUGAAAGCAUCACCAGCCCUUCGUGCGCGACCGUGUGUGCCAAUGUCUCUGCGAAUCUAUCCCAAGUCAGUCUCGGACAAGGUGCGCAACGUGUAUUAACGACACCGACGGGUGGCAAGACCUCACAGACGAGCACAUUGAGUGAAGCAUUGUCUGUGGAACUAUUGACGCGAUUGCUUGGUUCGAAUCUGACCAAGACCGAAACGGAACUCGAGUAUACCAGAUAUGGGCCCAUGACCGAUUAUGCUUGCAGGGUUCAGGACAGUCAUUUGGGUGUCUCCGUCACGCGCGCCAUGUCGUAUUGGAGGAAGAAAGAAUAUACCAGACAGGAUGCUGUCAAGUUGCUGACGCGCAAGUUGCGAGGUAUUCUAGAGUCAAGCGAAAACAUUGCCAACGCUAGCUUUGAUAAGCAGAUCUUGCACGUGCUCGCCAUGUCGGGUCAUCAUGCCGCGCAGGUCAAACGCGCGUGCAAACGGUUGUCACAGGACCUCAAGUCGGAUACUAUCAUUUUCAUCACCACGGUCAAGGCUGAUAGCGUGUUUUUCAACAGUAAUCGGCAUCUGGAGAAAAUGAAGCGCAGCGCAGUGUAA